AUGAUGCAAGCACCAAUGAUAGCUGCAACUAAUCCAAAUUGUCCAAUUGCGAUAGUUGCAAAUCACAAAUUAUCUCUUCCACCAGGAGCAUGUCCAUUUGUAGUAAAUCCAAAUGGAAAUGGUAAAAUCAGAAUUCGUUUAAUAUCAGCUUCAAACUUAAUUUCUGCAGAUGCAAAUGGGUACUCUGAUCCUUAUAUUAAAGUCAAAUCAACAAGUAUAGAUUCUAUGAAAGUUACAAAAGUAAUUGAAAAAAAUUUAAAUCCAGUUUGGAAUGAAGAGGUUGUACUCGAUAUUUCAAGUGUUGGUAGAGAACUUUUUAUUUUUGAUGUUUAUGAUAGUGAUAAAGUUGGAAAUGAUGAUUUGUUAGGUUUUGUUGGUGUUGAUCUUUCACUUUUACCAUUAGGUAUUGAAGUUUUAACAUGUGAAAAUUUAUCAUUUGCUAAACAUGGUGUUCUUCAAAUUGGUAUUACAGCAUUAGAUUUUGGUCUUACAAAUAUUCCACCAAAUUAUUUACAUGCAUAUACAGAAUGGAGAAAUACUUUGCCAGGUCAUCAAAGAAAAGAAUUUAAAAAAUUAAAGAAACAUAAAGAUUCAUGUGGACCAUAUGCAAAUAAAGUUGUUCAUGAAGAUUACAAAGUUACAAAUGGUUAUCUUAAAAGAAAGAAGAGUAAACGUGAAAAAACUGCAAAAGGUUUUGUAAAAGGUUUGAAAAUUGCUGGAAAAGUAUCACUCAAAGUAUUAGAUUCAGCAACUGAGGAUGAUUAA